AUGGAUUCGAGAAUCACCGCUGAAGCGGAUGAGCGCACUGCGCUGCUGGCCGACGACGCCAACAAUCAGCAGCCGGCGAGCCGCGCCGAUGAGCCGCCGACAGAGGCGACCGGGACAGAGGCCGCUUCCACCGACGCCAAGCUCCCGCGCAAAAGCAUCGUCACAUUUGCCAUCUGCACGCUGUCCUACUUUUUCGUCGUCCUGUCGGCCUCCAUCAUGCAGCCCGCCACGAGCGAGGUCGUGGAGGAAAUCAUCUGCCAGCGCCUGUACCCGGACGUGGCCCACGGCCGCGACCCGCGCUGCAAGGACAAUUUCGUGCAGGGCGAGCUCUCCUUCAUCGAAGGCUGGUCGUUCCCCCUGUUUCUGCUGCCCGGCGUCGUCACCGCCGUGCCGUACGGCAUCUUAGCAGACACCUACGGUCGGCGGCUGGGCAUCGGCCUGUGCAUGCUUGGCCUGCUUCUCCAGCAGGGUGCCAUGUUGGUUAUUUAUGCUUUCCCGCAAAUCUUUCCGAUCCGCACCGUGUGGUGGGCAUCCUUGUUGAGCUUCAUCGGAGGCGGAGCGACGGUCCUCAGUGCGCUCAUCUUUGCAGCGGUUAGCAGCGUCGCCCCCGGUGCUAAAAAAACCCUAAUGUUUUCCUACCUCGGCGCUGCCAUAACCGCGGCGGAGCUGAUUGGCAGUCCCCUGGCGUGGCUGAUUAUGCGGCGCGGCGCUUGGCUGGCGAUUUACAUAAGCUUUUUCCUCAUGGUCAUGGGUGCGGUGUGCGCCCUUUUCAUACCCGACAUUCGCGGCGACGCUCGUCCGGCCAGCGCGGCGACGUGGAAGGCCGGCAGCGUCUUCAGGCCCAGUUUCGUGCAGCGUCAGCUGGUGGCGGCCGGGCGCAAGGUGCGACACAUUGUCCGCACGCAGUUCAUCGAACAGAGAACGCUCGGUUUGUUGCUCAUCAGCCUUCUCUUCACCACGCUCGGCAAGGCGUUUACGCUUCUCCUGGCACAGUAUGUCGCACGUCGCUUUGGGUGGACGUGGGGUGAGACCGGCUUGCUCAGCUCGCUCCAGGGCGGCAUCACCAUGGGCACGACCUCUCUCAUCAUCCCGCUCCUGGAUGGCCUGUUGCGUCUGAAGUGGUCCUGGACGCUCUUUGAAAAGGACAUUUUCCUCGCGCAGCUGUCCCUCGCCAUCAUGGUCACUGGCUUUUUCGGCAUCGGCCUCGCCAGCACCUCGGCCGUGAUGCUGGUGUUUGUGAGCUGGACGUCGCUCUCCAAGGGUCAGGAAUUCAUCAUGCGCAGCUUGCUGGCACAGGCGGCAGGUGAAGCCAAUGUCGGUGUCGUUUACACAACGAUCAGCGUGCUGGAGACGGGUGGGAUUGCCGUAGUUGGGCCUCUCCUGGCGGCGGCAUUCCGGCAAGGCUUGGACUGGGGAGGGGCCUGGAUAGGCUUUCCGUUCUUCGUGGCGGGUAUUCUGGUCUUCAUCGGCUCGUGCUUGGUUUGGGUGGCGUCAAGGACGGCAAAGGUAGAUUUAUUCUCUAGCGAGGAGGCUGGGCAGUGUUGA